UGUUUACGUGGUAGUGAUAUCCAAGUUACAAUAGAAGAAGUAUUCGAAAUAGUUAAAUGAAAUAUAUUUGGCAACAGUCAUUUAAGUGUACUAAGUCAAAUGCUGUUGUAAACGUACGACGCUUAAAUACAAGUUGUUGUGUCACUUGCGUUGUAAAUUAGUAUUACUUUAACUGUUUAAGUUGCACAGUAUUACUAAUAGUAAUACUAAUAAUACUACCACUAAUUAGUGUUAGUAAUAACUAAUAGUAAUAGUACUCACUACUUUUAUUACUAGUAGAAUUAGCCUUACUAUAGUGUCCAUAAUAUAUUCGUUAACUUCAGCGUCUACGAUGAAGGCCACUGACUUUGUAUCAUCGUAUGUUAGAAAAAUUCCAUAUACUACUAGUACUCUAGUAGUAGUACGUAUUGCUUCUUAAUACUAACAGUAAUAGCAGGUGAGUUGCUGUAGAGCAGGAAGAACAGCUCAAGUGAACCAUCUUUCGGUCAGGGGAAGCUGACAGCGUGACGACGUCUAACUUAAAUGACAAGCCUAGUUGAAAUACCCGUCGAUUUGAAGGACAGAAGAUUAUACCAGUGGGACUUUGAAAGAGACAAUGAUGACGAUUCCGACUCUUUAAGCCCAGUAACAUAUGUUAGUGGACAAGCUUUCCUUAGACCACCUGAUAUCAUUCAUAAUUCGUCUUGGACAUUAAGCAUGGAUGAAAACGAUGACCAAGGGUCUCCAGAUACUAGUCUGGAUAUGGGAAACCUGCAGUUUCUAUUGGAGUGCUUUGUACUUUCAUUUGGACCCGAGUUUCCACAGCUAGGUAGGAAUCAUCCUAGCUCAAACCCAGAGCGUUUUGAAACUUCCUUUGGCGAGAUGGAAUCUGAGAUAUCCAGUUCUAGCAGUCAAUCUUCUCAAAGAUCUGUACAGUUGGAUCCUGUCUUUUUCAGACGCCCUAGUGUCUUUGCCCCUCGCCAUAGACGACAUGGUCGGAUGUUAAACGAUAACGACCUCAUUAUUAACGCACUUGUGCCGUUGGGCGACCAUGUUUUAUGGAGAGAGUUAUCAGAAAUGCGAGUGCUUAUUGAAAGAAUCUUGGAAACUCGUGGAGAGCGAAAUAAUGAUCAUGAAAUUUUGGACAUUCUUGAAUUUUUAGAAAACCAUUCCUCACACAGCGAUCCUCCUCCCCAUUUCCCGGUAGGAGAAUUAGACUGCGAGGAGUGCGGAAUCUGCCUAGAUGUUCACUGGUUGUACCGCCGGCCCUGCUGUAAUUAUCCAGCAUGCAACAGUUGUCUUCAUCAGUAUUUCACAACUAAGGUAGAGGAGGGUUUGGUCAAGAUAGAAUGCUGUAACAACAUGUGUGAUAGCUUUGUUCAUCGAGAUGAAAUUUCUGCCCGCUUGACCACACCAACCAAAGAGAUUUUUUACAAGCUUUUAGUUCGGGCCAAUGAAGAUGACCGUACGAAAACCUGCCCACGUUGUAACCACGUGACAAAAAUUAAUUUUGAUGAGCAGCGGAAAUCUUGGGCCAACUUACGUAGGAUAAGAUGCCCAGAGUGCCAAUUAGAUUGGUGCUUUAGCUGCCACUCCCCUUGGCAUAUUGAAUUAACCUGUAAACAGUACCAAAAGGGAGAUCGACUUGUGAAAUCAUGGGCUAAGAAAACUACUCAUGGCCAAAUCAAUGCUCAGCGUUGCCCUAAAUGUAAGAUCUACAUUCAGCGGUCAAGUGGAUGUGAUCACAUGCACUGCAGUCACUGCAAGACAGAUUUCUGCUAUAGGUGUGGCGAACGUUUUCGAAGGCUUAAAUUUUUUGGAGACCACUACAGCAAGUUGAGUGUAUUUGGCUGUAAAUACAGGUAUAAGUUGGACAAACCUGUGGAAAGAAAGUUAGUGCGAGGUGCUGUUUUUGGUGGAAAAUUGAUGGUGGCUCCAGUAUUGGGAUCCUUUGCACUUUGUGCAGGUGCAGUGGCGGUUAGUCUUGGUGUAUUUGCUCUUCCAUUGUAUGGGGGAGUCAAACUGUAUCAGCGUUACCAGGCUAAGAAAAGACUGACUGUUACUGGUACCCGGUUUCGUUCGUCCUUAAAUCAAAGCGACAUGGGAUGGGUUAUAUAGUGUUUUUCAGGUAUUACAAAGAUAAAAGCUAUGAACUAGUUAUUGACUCUGUCAACCUAACCUGAAGUGGAAACCAGCUAUGAACACAUUAUAUUUGUCUGCUGUACAUGAGGUUCUACUGCUUAACAUAAUUGUUUUAGUUGUCUAUAUCAGUUCCUGAUCUAGUUUAUGUUUUCCAUAUCCUUUUGUCUAGUUAAGGAAGAUGCGUAAAUGUGAAGCAUUUAUUUUUGUUUUUUUAAUUAUAACAAACUACAACAACAUCUGAAAUUUUUUACUAUGAUGUCAUGCUGUAACUAACGUAUUUAUUUAAGGUUUAUAAUUUAUCCAUGUCAGAUAUGGAUCAAAUUAUUCAUGUAACUGUUGGUAAUUUUGUUUGCUGGUUUAAGCAUAAUAAACUUUUGUUUUCAUGGAUUAGUUACUAAGUGCCGGAAGAUGUUAUCAUUGACAUUCUAGAUCUUAAUCAAACAUGAAGUGAUAGAAAGUUAUGCUACAACAUUUAGCUUUGAACUCUGUGGACCAUUAAUCUACCAGGUUUUUAAUCUUGACUUUGAAGCUUGUAACCUUUGGUUCUUAUGACAUCUGACAGGAAAUGUGAAUUGUAGUUUUAAUUUCAUUUACUUUGGUUCCUACCAAAGUUUAUAGAAAGUUUGUAAUAUUGUUUUGGAAGUUUGCGUAUUUAUAUGAAGUUCUUUAGCCUUCUGUAGCUUGUAGGAUUUUACUGAUAGAUUUAAUUAAGACUUACAUUACACUGCAUAGAGUCAGAGGAAAGUGGGUGUGAAGAUGUUAGAUAAAAGGUGAAUCAAGAUCAGAUUUAAGGCUUAAAAGAAAAUACUUGUGCUAAGAAACAAGUAACAGAUCAUGUUAAAUUCUGCUAAUGUGAAAAGCAGAUAAAUGUAAAAAAAAAUACUUGACUGUGUUUAACUGUCACUUAAGUUACAGUUUAAAAAAAUGAUUUAUAUUGUUUAGUAUAAAUGCAUGUAUUUUCAUAUAAAGUCCACUGUUGUUGAAAUGCUUCUUAAAGUCUGCUUUAAUGCUGUUAUAAGAGUGUUGUUUCCAUGUGCCUCAUUUCAGAAAGGUUUGAUGUUUGUGUGCUUUAGUAUUAAAACAAACAUUUUUUUUGGAUACUGGGUUCUUUGUGAUUUUUUAUAAUGUAACUAAAUAAAUAUGACCACACAAAAAUGGAGUUUUGUAUCAUAAAGGGAAUCUUAAUUUUUCUAUUUAAAUAUUUUCUGUAUUUAUUAAUUGCACACAAAUAUUAAUAUAUAUAUAUAAUGAUAAUACAUCUAGUCCAGAACAGAUCUAAUGAGAGUUUGUGUGAGAUAAAAAUUACAUGAAAAUGCAAUGAAUAUUUCAUUAUUCUUUUGUUAAAUUAUUGCUUCCCCCAACCUGACUGGACUCAAUGACAUGUAUAUGAAAGUGAAAAAGAUGGUACUUGUGUGAAAGUAUCUUUAAUCAGAUUAUUCUUUUUUAAUUUUGUAAGAUGCACAUGAGUUGUUACUUAGUAAGUAUGGAAAAGAUGGUACUUGUGAAAAAAUAAUUCUGAUCAGAUAGUUUCUUUGUUUUUUAGCUUUCAUACAAAUAGUUACUUAGUAAAUACAGAAAAAAGGUGGUAUUUGUGAAAAAAAUCAUUCUGAUCAGAUAGUUCUUUUAACUUACACACAAAUCAUUACUUAGUAGAUAUGAAAUAGAUAGUAUUUAUGAAAAAAUAAUUCUAAUCAUAGUUAUUUUCUUUUUAAUUUGCACACAAAUCAUUCUACUUAGAUAUUUCUUUUAACUUGCACACAAAUCAUUACUUAAAAAAUAAAGAUCUAUAUAUAUAGCUUUCCUUAGAUUCACUGGGUGGAUGUAUGAAAUAAACAUUUUACAAAUAAAACCUUUCUAGUCAAAGGAGUAAGGUCACAGAAGUUGAAAGGUUUUUGUAAUGUCAGGGAUAAAUUUAUUUAAUUUUGGAAAGAUUAAUAUUCAACUAAACAUUUUAGAUGCUAUUGUUUUUUUAGGCUUAUUUUUUUCAUAAAUUAUUGGUUUCUUAUAUUUAAUUGCAAAUAUUUAAACUUAUUUCAAAUGAAGUUAAUAAUUUUCUGUUCAUCUCAUUAAACAGAUGUAACUUGUAUAAUUAUGACAGAUUUGAUAAGUGAUUUUUGAAAAGUACAACUAAAAAUAUUUAAUACAUCUAUGAUGUUAAUGAAGGAUUUUUUUUAAUGCUUUGGAGGAAUAUUGUAUAUUAAAAUUCUAGCAUAAAGGGUGUUCAUUGUUUAAAAAAUGUUUGCAUUUUUUAUUCAUACUAAUUAUAAACUUAAUUUUUUGGUCUUCAUUUAUGUUAUAACAGAUUUUAUAUUUCCUUAAAAUGAUUGACAAUCUUCAUUAAUUUUGAGAAUUUUGAUGUGAAAGUCCCAUUUUGACAAGUAAAGAUCAACUUUUAAAUAAUAUGGCAUCAAGUAAGCAAAAAAUAUUCCAACUUAAAGCUUCAUAGACAAUUAAUGAAUUUUUGCACAAGUAAAAUAGAGGAUGAUUCAAAACAUUAUCGUGGGUAUUUCAAGUCUGGAAAAACACAUUAUUAAUAUUUUGUGGAAAUUGCUUUAUAAAUAACUAGAUGUUUUGUGAAAGGUUGUGUUGACAAGGGAUUUACACAUUUGUUCAUCUCAACUUACUUGUUAAACAUGCACUCAUACAUGAGUCGUUUUUUUAUUUACUUUAAAUUACUAGGGAUAAAAAUGUAUUAAACGUUUUAUAUUUAUAUAAAUUAGAAUGUUUAAGAUAUUUAAGUGUGAGCUUUUUUUUAUUCUUCUUUUACCCUCAGUGACUUCUUUAAAGAAGAGUUUUGAAGUCAGAUUACAAGAACUGACAAGUUUCAACCUUUUAUAACCUGAUAUUAUUAGAUGUUUCUUUUUCAUUUAACUCUUUAAAAGCGAGGAUAACCAGGGUUUAUGUUUUGAAUGUUUAGGACCUGUAAAUUAAUAAACCUAUCUUCCAGAUCACUAGCAUUUUGUUAAAAUCAUUAACAUGUAUGUGUGUGUGUCUAUUUUGUUAAUUGGAUGAUUGCUGUGACAUGUUAAAAUUAUCAGUACGUGAAAAAUAAAUUUUUGGGGUGACUCAUUGUGGAUCCUCCAAAUCUCAUAUAUGUGAAAUGACAGGCUAUAUAGAUGUGAUCCUUUAUGAAUGAAUACUGGAAAAUAUCUUGUAACUCAAAAAAAACUAUAAAAAAUUAUGAUUUUA